GAGUGGAAGAUGUCUCUUGCCCUGUGUGAUGCUUGAGAGUGGACGUGACACAGGGAGAUCGCAGCCCCUGGGACACCUGUCGGAGCAGAUCUCAGCGCCAGAUAUCAGAGCUCUUGCCUGUCUCUGUUCAUUGGCUCAUCGAACCUCGCUGCCUUCUCAAAGGAUUAUUCCCUGGGAAGGAUAUGGAAACUAAUGGUGUGGAAGGCAGGGACUUCUAGGAGAGGUCAGAGUCAUCAGACAGGAGUGAGGCAGGUGGCAGGGUCAGGUCCUUCUGACCAUGUUCUCGGACGAACGAAAAGACGGGAGCCCCCGCUUUGUGAAGCUUCACUUUCCUGUCGGUCUUUGGAUCAACUCCCCGAAGAAACACUUUGCCAAGCUUGGUCGCAGGUGGCCCAGUGUGGGGUCUGUCAAGUCUACAUCCUCGGAUACAGCCAGCCGUGGCAGUGAGCCUGUGGAGAUGCGCCCAGCCACCAAGAACAAGGCCAGUCGACACAAGAGGCUGUCAACACUCUUCCAGAGAGGUGGGGUUGGAGGGCCAACAGGUGGGGGUGGAGGUCGCUGGGCCAGUGAGAAGAAACUGGCUGAUAUCAUUGACCCACUGCCUGAAGACCGAGUUCAGCCCCCAUCACAGGGGGAAGUGCCAGGGGUCUUGAAAAUCUAUGGAGGGGACAUCUCCACAGGUGCCAAUUAUAAGAGUGUGCUGGCGACUGUGCGCUCCACUGCCCGUCAGCUGGUGUGUGAAGCGCUAGAGCGCUAUGGUGUGGCACAACCCAAUGCUGAGGAUGCCUAUGUAUUGUGUGACGUCGUGGGCAGUGUCCAUGGGCCAGAUAGCUCCUGGCAGGCCCAGUAUCUUCGGGCAGUUGGUGACUCAGAACGCCCACUCGUGCUGCAAGAUGUGUGGAAGCCCAAAACUGGCUGCACUCGACGUUUUGAGAUCCGCCGACGUUGUGACGUGGAGAGGAUGGCAGAAGGCGAGGAUGAGGACGGUUCAGGAAUCAACUCCCAGACCCGCCGGCAGCAAUCCCGCCGUUCUCGUGCCGCAUCAGGAGGCCAUGUGGCCCCCAAGGAAAGGGCAGACAACCUCUCGCUCCGCCGCAGCAUCAGUGAGAUGAAUCUCAGCACUAAGCGACGCAGGGAGCGCAAGGGUGUGCUCAGUAUGGCAAUUGGUGACCCUGCCGAAGGAGGUGCAGCUGAGGAGCCACGGCUCAAAGCAGCUGAGGGUGCCGACGGCCCUUCGGCUCCAGCCUCUGAAGAGGCAGCUGUGGAUUCAUCCAAUCUAGAGCAUCUCUCACAGUGCCUCAUACAACCACCAACCGAGCACCCCUAUUUUCUGCAGUUGUUGGGCUACAAUGAAAAACAGGAGUUUGUGAUCCACGUAAUGACACGUCGCCGACAUAUUUUUGGACGCCCAGAACGUCGCCCAGCUCCAGACCAAUCCAGCUAUGUGGACACGUUCCUGACUGCCCCGGAUAUCCUGCCACGCCACUGCUGCGUAGUGUCUUCAGUGCCUCCUGCAGACCCCAGCCAGCCCCGGGGCUCAGCUAUGGUGCGGCCUUUCCGUGGGGCAUCUAUAACCCACAAUGGUGCCCCGCUCCAUCGCCAGGUGGAGCUGGCCCCUGGAGACUUGCUGGGGAUGGGGCAGCAUUUUCUUUUCAUGUACAAGGACCCACGAGCUGCACCCGCACCACCAGCCUGGUUGCCCAAGGCAUGGGUCUCCCCAGGACUGGUAGGGGCUUUGGCAUGCCAGGCCUGUGGCCGAUCCCUGCAGGAGCGGCAGGAGGCAUUCCGGGCCUACCUGAAGAGCAGAGAACCUCAGCUGCGCUACCGACCCCAGGAACAGGAGGCACUCCUGGCAGAGAUUGUGAGACUGCAGGAGACUCCAAACUGCAGGCUAGGCCCUGCCUUCCUCUUUGGGCUCUGUCUGGAACAUGCUGCCCGGGAGCUGGAACCAGGUCACCUGCCAAGGUUGAUCGCCAGGAUUGCUCAGCUGGUCAAAGAGGCUGUUUGGGACAAGAUAAAAGAGAUUGGAGAUCGGCAGCCAGAAAACCAACAAGACAAAGGUGAGACGGGCAAUCUCAGCAUUGAGGAAGUGGCUGCUGACUUGCGCCCCCUCAUGCUCUGGAUGGCCAACUCGAUGGAGCUUCUCAACUUGGUGCAAAAGAGGGUCUUGGACAUCGAGAAGGACCUUGACUUAGAGGGAGCUUCCCACAAUGCUUUGCUCUCCAGCGAUCUGGAGACAUGCGAUGAGGCGAUGGCAGUCUUGGACGAAGUCAUCAUGUCCACAUUCCAGCAGUCUGUGUACUACCUCACUAAGACUCUGUAUUCUGCUCUUCCUGCAUUGCUGGAGAGUAACCCCUUCACAGCCACAGCUGACCUGUCCCAUGUGCCGGAGCUGAGCAGCAUGCCUGAGGGGAUCCGUGGGACUCUUGCCAUCUACCAGGCUACUCUUGAGCUGACCCGUGAUUGUGACCUGCACCCCGAUCUCGUCUCGCAGACCUUUGGAUACCUCUUCUUCUUCUCUAAUGCCUCACUCUUUAACACCCUCAUGGAGAGAGGAAGUUCCCAGUCUCUGUUCCAGUGGGCCAAGGCGGUGCAAAUCCGAACCAACCUGGAUCUGGUGUUGGACUGGCUACAGGGAGUGGCCCUUGGAGACAUUGCCACAGAGUUCUUCCGCAAGCUGAGCACCACAGCCAACCUGCUGUGUGUGCCCAAAAGCAGCCUGCUUCAGGCACCUUGGUCCCGCCUGAGAAAUGACUACCCGGCACUGCUACCAGCCCAGCUCCAGCAUGUACUCAGGAAUUACCAGCUGGGACCAGGCCGCCUGGCUCCUGAGUGCUGGGACCCACCCGAGGAGGAGAGAGAUGAGAUUGCACACAGUGACAUAUUUGAGAGUUUCACCGACCACCCACCCCUAAUUCUUCCCUGUGAUGGUUUCCGCUUGCGUCUCUCAGAGCCCGUGUCCGACGACGUCCUCCAUCGGCAACUUGUACGCCUGCGUCGGUUUCUGUGGGAGCUGGAGCGUGAAUCCCUCCCAGCCAAUCAAAGGGCAGUCUAUGGCCUAGAUUCCAGCCAAUGAGGAGGAGGGAUGGCACCAGUAUUCAAGAUGGUUUCGGGUCCUCAGGAAGCUCUUGCCAGAACACUUCCUCAGUGGAUUUUGGAAGAGGCGGAAGAACCUUAAACCAUUUGGUUUACCUAAUACAGGGUUGCCUUGAAGUUCAAAGAUCAUUUAUUACAUCCAAGGCCAGAAAUAAUUGGCCACUGGCUGCUCAUCACCUGAUGUCAGCUGCUUAUUCGAGAGACUGCAGUAUUUUCCCACCUCAAACUCGGCUGCUUUUUUGGGCCCCAGAUCACACUAUUUGUCACAAACUAUGUAUUCUUUUCUACACAACAAUAA